AUGGUUUUUGAUUUAAAAAGAAUUGUCAGACCAAAGAUUUAUAACUUGGAGCCUUAUCGUUGCGCAAGAGAUGACUUUACUGAGGGUAUAUUGCUAGACGCCAAUGAAAAUGCCCAUGGGCCUACUCAAAUUGAGUUAAACGAGACUAAUUUACAUCGUUAUCCGGACCCUCACCAAUUGAAAUUCAAAACCGCAAUGACCGCGUACAGAAACGAAACCAGUAGUUAUUUAAAUGACCCUACCGUAAAGCCUUUGAGUGCUGACAAUUUGUGUCUAGGUGUGGGAUCUGACGAAAGUAUUGAUGCUAUUAUAAGAGCCUGUUGCGUUCCUGGAAAAGAAAAAAUUCUAGUUCUACCACCAACCUAUUCUAUGUAUUCAGUUUGUGCAAACAUUAAUGACGUAGAAGUUGUUCAAUGUCCUUUAACUGUUUCUGACAACUCUUUUCAAAUGAAUACCGAGGCUGUUUUAACCAUUUUGAAUAAUGAUCCCCUAAUUAAAAUAAUGUUUGCUACCUCACCAGGUAAUCCAACAGGGGCCAAGAUCAAGACGUGUUUGAUCGAAGAGGUCUUACAGAAAUGGGAUAACGGAAUAGUUGUUGUUGACGAAGCCUAUGUAGAUUUUUGCGGCGGUUCUACUGCUCCACUAGUCACCAAGUAUCCUAACUUGGUUACUUUGCAAACUUUGUCCAAGUCUUUUGGUUUAGCCGGUAUUAGGUUGGGUAUGACAUAUGCAACAGCAGAGUUAGCUAAGAUUUUAAAUGCAAUGAAAGCACCUUAUAACAUUUCCUCUCUGGCAUCUGAGUAUGCACUAAAGGCAGUUCAAGAGAGCAAUUUGAGAAAGAUGGAAGCCACUUCCAAGGUGAUCAAUGAAGAGAAAAUGCGUCUCUUAAAGGAGCUGACUUCUUUGGAUUAUGUUGAUGACCAAUAUGUUGGCGGAUUGGAUGCAAAUUUUCUAUUAAUACGAAUCAAUGGCGGUGACAAUGCCUUGGCAAAGAAGCUGUACUAUCAAUUGGCCACUCGAUCUGGUGUUGUCGUUAGAUUUAGAGGUAAUGAGUUAGGUUGUUCCGGGUGUUUGAGAAUUACCGUUGGGACUCAUGAGGAAAACACAAAUUUGAUAAAAUAUUUCAAAGAGACGCUGUAUAGGUUGGCCAAAGAGCAAUCAAAUUAG